GAUGAUCGCUGUGACACGGUGUGGGGUCUUUACUCUGGUAGCUGUCAAACAGUCCGCUGUUCGUCAGUGUUUCACCGAAAUGCCGGCUGUGUGCAUCUUCCAGUGCGGACAUCAGACACUCAUGGCCACUCUGUGUGCGGCUCUGACACAACGGUAAAAGACGCGUUUGGACGUUGCGUUCAAGGACUGAAAAGCGGCUCGUUAACGGCGGCUUCUCCUCCAGUCAGGGCGCAUUUACUCCUCAGCUGCGUCCUGCAUUGCAACGGAAUGGGAGCCGGGUAAUUUUCAAGUCGAAGUGGAUCCAGGAUGAAUGACCGGGGACAACAGGAGGAAUAAAAGCCCCUCAGAAGCCUGAAAACUCACGACCAACAUGACCUACUUCUCCGAGCUUAACGGGAACAUCUCCAGGACAAAUGGAUACAGUCUACAGUAACUGAGGCUGUUCAACCUUGUAACACAAAUAAGUGACCUUCAUUUUUAUGUUCUGCUGCAGAACUAUGCAUAACAAGACAAGUAUGUGCAUAUGACUGAACACUGACUACAUCCAUGCAGACUAUGCAAAACAAAGGAAACACACCAACAGCAGUUUGAUGUUUUGGAUGACCUUUAAUGGGGUCUAAAGAGGAAACCAAAAGAACAAUUCAUGAAGCAGGUGUCUUUAUGAAGCUUCAUCUUGAAAUUACAUCCUGGGUUUUAACAAGCUUCUUGCCAUUUUCCCUCUGCUGGAUUAGACACCGGCCCCGCUCUGUGGUUUAUGGCCUACAGCUCACCAAGGCUGCACGCUGUGGAAACUGGGAUCAAAAGUCCAAAGAGGUCUGAGACGUUGUUCCGUCCAGCCGUUUGAUGCCUUAUCCCCGAUUAAAUGGUUGCUAACCAUGCUACGGUCAGCAAUAAAGUCAACAGCCAAGCAAUAAGUACAACGUAAUGACAGCUAGGUCCAGAUAAGUGUUUUUGGUAGAGCCAUGCUUCUGAACUGUGGCCAACCGUUACCUCUUCUGAGGCACACGGACGUCCCACCUCGGGUCAUUGAGAACUUCAUCCUGACCGGUUACCGCUUCCCAAAUUACAGCCUGAGGGAUUGCUUACUGUCUGCAUUCAGGCCCACUAAUGAAACCGGAAACUUCUGGACACACUUCCUGCCAGUUUUUGUCUUUUCGUACUAUUUCGUGGAGGUGUUCGGUUGGGAAGGUGCGCCACAUGGUGACGACCCAUUUUUCUACCCCCUUUGGAACUACUUUAUCGGGGUGUUCUGUCUGCUGAUGGCUAGCAGCAUGGCCCACCUACUCAACUCCAUGUCUCUUGUGGUAAGAGAAGUGUGUUUUUUUGUGGAUUACGGUACUAUCAGCGCCUACACUGUGGGCUCGUCACUGGCGUACUACUACUACAUCCACCCUCGGGCAGGGAUAGUGGACACAGGAGGCCACAACAGCUCAGAUUCAAAACAUGAACCUUUCUAUGCAAUCCCAGAGUUCAGCGUCUUCUUUGAGACCUUCUACAUCCCAUCUGCGUGUGUAGUUGCGAUUAUUUGCGUGUUAUCUUGCUGCAACACUCGUCAGCGUUGGAGGCGUCAUCGAUAUGUCAUCCGUACCCUCGUUUUCCUCCUCCCCUUCCUCAUCUCUUCAACCCCAGUCUUUUACCGCCUCCUCACCCGGUCGCCUUACUCAACCACAUCCUCCGCUUUUGCCGCUUCCACUUCCAUGCCCUGCUUCUUCUAUCGACAUUGCCUGUGGCUGCUGGUGUCAGCCGUCUUCAACAUCAGUAAGUUCCCCGAGCGGCUGGCCCCGGGUCGUUUUGACAUUUGGGGCCACAGUCACCAGUGGUUUCACUGUUGUACGUUUCUGUCCAUCCUGGACGAGCUCCACAUGAUCAAGGUGGAGGUGAGGGCCAUACUGCUCAGUCCCAAUCUGCUGCUUCCCCCCGCCACCCUCGCACCCAUACCAGGUCCAACCGUCACUUCCACCUACGGGGUCAUGUUCCUCCUCCAGACGACCAUCAUCUCCAUCAUCGUCUGGUUUUCCUGGCAGGCCAACUGCAUCUAUGGACCCCAGAGGGACCAGCUAGCAAAGGAACACCUCAAGAAACACUUCAAGUGUCACUAAUCGUAAAGAGGAUGCAUCGUUAUUUCAGUUUAUCAAUCAUACGCCACAAUAUAAUGUUGUCAUUGUAGAUUUCUGCAAAUCAUGGAUAUAAAUAAUGUCAAAGGUUCUAAACCAAAAAAAGGUUUCAUGUCAAUAAUACUCCACUUAUGGCACCUAUGAGGGAAUAAAAUGAAGCCAUAAUAAUUCCGUCUCUCAAAAAUGACAGCAUUAUUCAACUUUUUACAGUUAUCUAUUGUUUAGUGGUUAUAGCUAAUUCACCAAAAAUACAUAAUUCUUGCAGGACUGCCAUCAAAACAUGGAAGAUGCCACGAUGGAAAAUCAAACCUUAUCGCAGAAAAAUUCCUUUCAUAUUACUGAAUCUCAAUUAUUUUCAGUGUUCGGAUAAUUAUUUUACUGCAUUAUUUUUAUUUUAUUUUUAAGACACAACUUGAUAAAAAUACUCUUUCUUUACUAAAACUACAUGCCGUGUAUGAUUAGAGAAACAAUUUUCAGUUAAUAUAUUACAGGUUGCAUUAAGAAUUUUUAUCUAACAUGAUGAUGCCUUUGAAAGAAUAAUCUUGAUUUUGUGAUUUAGGCAUUUUCAUGAUUUUCAGAAAUGAAAACCUUGGAUAUAUUGCCAAGUCUUGGUUCAUACCCAACUAAACUGUAAUCACAGGUACGUUUUGUUUAACGUAAUUCCAUCUACUUAUGUUUUCUUUCAAUAUAACAAUUGAAUAUUAAUAAUAUUCACUGUAAAUUGUUAAUUUUCAACUUGAUUUGCUAUAUUAUUACACUUGUUAUCUUUAGGUUUAAGCCCCAACAGCACACGUGUAGGGUUUAACGCAUAAGAAGUCUUCAAAGAUAUAAGUAAAAAUGGUUCUCAAUAUAUUUAUAGUAUUUAAACAUAAUUACAACUUUUCCUAACCUUAACCAAAGUGCUUUCAUUACACAAACCUCCCUCUUCGGUGCCAAUGUCGUGGAUUUUCUUUGCAGAAAAAUAUCAGAUCCUUCAGUGACAUUUAUGGCUGUUAUCCACGGCUGAAGGAACAUAUAAUGACAACAUUUAUUCUGGCGACUGGGGUUGUCUUUACUGUGAAGGAACAUUUGCACAUUCAUACAGAGCCAUGCCACAAACAGACGCGCACAAGAAAACAACAUUUCCUUUCUGAAUCCGAGACUCACGUGUUCCCGUCCCUCUGAGAGCAUUUUUCAGUCAUUCAUAAGGGGAAAUUGGGGACAACUGGAGAUGAGAGGAUUAUAUUCUGAGCUCACGGCAGGGUGGCUGUCUGGUUGAGUGGAUAUGGCAGGACAUUGCCAGCUCUGUCCCCUGAGCUGCUCCUGCAUGUUACAACAGGAUGUGAGAACACUGGGGAUAAUAACUACCUCUAGGGACGGCACACUUGAAGAUGGAGGACAGGUGUCGGUACACAAGAGAAAAGCAUGUUCCAUUGUAACAUUUGGUGUGGCUCAUGGCGUCCAUUUAGAGAAGUGGCUGUCAUCCCUCCUCCUGUCUCACUUCCCCUUCCUCUUCUUCAACAGAUCUUUAAAAACUUCUCGCUAUGUUUUCACAUCACCCUCCCCCGUUCACUGUACAUUGUUUUGUACUGAAUUUAUCUUUUUUUCUAUCGGUACCUUCUCUUCCUCUGUCUCAUUUCCUCUCUCUUUCUAAGUGACCCUUGCAGCAGGAAGUGCGGUGGCCUUCUCAACACAACAGAAACAGCAAAGAGCUCGUAUCAGUCUUACAGUGAAGCACUUUCAGGGGCGGAUUGGACUCGCCCUGUCAUUAAGAAGCCAUGCUUGCUUUGUACCCUUAAAAGGACCUUUCAUGUAUAGAUGAUGUCCUGCUGACCGGUUCUGUCAGACCAUGUUGGUUAUGUAAAUGUAAACUGUAUUCAUACUGCAGUGAAUACAUUCAUCUAGUACAGGGUAUGUUCAUGCUGUUAAAGAUGGUUCAUAUCUUUUUGCUGAGUGUAUAUCACUGUUAUGCAUUUCAGAAAAGAUCAGAGCAGCAGUUUUUUUUUUUUAUAGUCGUCAUAAUGAAGGUAAAUGAUGAUGUGAAGCAGUUUCAGAAUUAAAAGCCAUUGUCAGAAGGAGCGAUCAUCAUCAGGAACAUCCGGAUGAAUCUGCACUUAACGGGUAGUUCAGGUUUUCCCAACGGAGUCACAAAGCAAAGAGUCUGUUGGUCUGAAAGCGGGGCUACGUUCACAUUGUGUUAAAUGUGGGCCAGAUUAGAUUCCAGCGUGGGCUGAAUGAACUGACCCACAUGUGCUAAAGAACAAAGACGGCACAUGCAAAUCAGUGUUGUGUGCGAUGAAAAUCUGAAAAUUUGUCAGCAGAUAACAAAGAUGAAAAGAAAAGGAGACAGAAUUUAGAACUGUCGAUCUAGGUUGAUGUCGUACGACGUCAGACUGAGGGAGAUUUUGUGAGAGAUCAUGUGUGGAAAUGGACCAGAUUAGAAGUGGAAAAAAGACAGAUCUUGUUCCACUUUUUUCAGUCUGAAUGAUAGUAGAGUAGUAUAAACUGUUUUUCUUCAAUAACAUGUUUUGUCCACAAGAAAAAUUGACUUAUCACAUUUUUACCAACUGAGGUAAAUGGAGUUACCUGAAAUAUCAUGACCUUAUGCACAACAUGAGCUAACAUUUUUAGUAAAUUAGUCUGAUUUAUAAAAUAGGAUUAGGGCCACGCUGAAGAGAACAAAGACAUAAUUGUUGUAAUUUUUGAGAGAAAGUCAAAUUAUUAUGAUAGUAAUAUAAAUUUACAAAUUGUUAAGUAAAAGCUUAUAGUUUCAUGAGGACAAAAACACAGUGUGACAGUGAAAAUAACCAGUUAAACCAUUGAAGUUGGAACCUGUGAAUGUAUUUCCAACUUAAUGUGAGUAUUUUAUUAUUUUUGUAACCCACGCAAAAUAUAUUAACAGAUGUAAGAGUUAUUCUCACAAAAUGAUGUGUGUUUUCUGGAAAUAUUGGAUCUGUAUUCUGAAUUUGAUGACUUUCUCUCUCCAAAUGUUACAACUUUUUUCCUGAAAUGUCAUAUUUUUUAAUCUUCAUUGUGUCCCUAAUCCUCCCUUGUCUAUUUUAGCUCAUAUUUACAUAUUUAUAUGAGCGAUACUGUACGCCAUGUGUCAUUUAACUGCUAAUGUAACACAGGAAGUAGCUGUUAUUACGUCAGGUGAUGGACGUAUCUGCCCUUAAAUUAUCAAGUAUGUAUGUUUCAGAAAAUGGACACUUGCUUUGUGACUUUACGUCAGAGGUUUCAGUCGAAGACAAAAUGCUAAACCACACCAGAGAAACUACUGUCUCAGCCAUUAAGUCUAAGAGUCAAGGUUUAGAGUCACUCUCUGCAGAUAUGUGUGCCCAUAUGUGUUCAUUUUGUCCCCUUUUACUGCUGCCGCUCUGGUUUUUUAUUCCCAACCAAACAAUCAUUUAGUGGUAUUAAGUCAUAAACAGAUAAAAUGACAACAGAAGUAUUUCCUUACGCUGGAUCUGAGCGUCUGGGCCUUUUACUUUCAACUUUUUCCAACGGAAAACCAAGAAGCUAUGUUGUUCAACUCGUACUUAGAUAAAUUAUGGGCAUUUAUUGGUCUGAAGCAUGUGAAACUGUGCUGGUAGACAGUUUUUACAUCCUGCAGGUUCAGUUUUAACCUCGUAUGUAGUAAAAGUCAGUGUGGUCAAACCAUUCUCCUCACUGCACCAGGGUUUCAAGGCUCAAGUGUAUUUUUAUAUCACGCUGUCGUGUUAUAGCUUGUAUUUAGUUCCGUCACAAUGUUUGCAAGAGGUAAAAAUGUUCAAUGUUAGUCACUGUCUCACAUUAGAAAAUGUAUGAUUAUUUACUUGUAUUUUAAUGCAUUCACUUGCACAAAAGAACAGAUGAGAAGGUUGAGUUUUAGGAGGACCAUAGUGAGAAGCUGUUGUGGUGCACUUUAAAGUUACUCGAAAUGUUCCCUUAAGGGUCAGUUCUGCAGUACUGUAUUAUUUCUCCACAUUUCAGGUUUCGGUAGUGCUUUCUAACACGUAGACUGAUCUAAGAGGUUCAUGAGGUGAUGGUGCAUCCAGUGUCGAACGAUGUUUCUACCUCGAUACAGCUUUUGUGCCACUGAGAAGAACCAUCGUUAGAGCGGUUUUCGUCCCCUCGCUGUCGGACGCCAGACUUGAAACUAUCAAUGUUUAAUGAGUGGAUGUGAAUGUUAGACUUUAGACUACUGCACCUUAUCUAGUGAAGUACUCAGGGUGACUGAAGAACGACACUAAUACAUUAUUUACACGUGCUUUUAAAAGAUCUAUUAAAACGUGCAGGAUAAUAGUACUCUGUAUCUGUUAAUAAUGAUGUAUGUAAUGAUGUAUUAAACAGCACUACUGAUGAUUUCAGUUCUGUUAAUUAAAUUAUGCAGACACCUAA